CGUUCCGCCGAAUCUUAUGUCAUCGCAAGAAAAUUUCGAAGCGUACAUUUGUGGAAUAGAUUCGAACGAAUUUACGGAGGAAUCGAGUUCGGUUCUAUGCCCGAUAUCCAGUCAAUCUUAUUGUCCCGAAUCUUGUGUAAAAGAAGAGCUAGAAAUUACGGAUGAUGAGGAUGAAUCGUUGCCUUCGAAUUACUUGAAUAAAAAUCUCUUUCGGUUGUUGAUACCCGCUUUAGAGGAAACGCUUAUCGAAGCAUCUAAAUGGAAAGCUCUUCGGGUGCAAAAGUGUCGUUUCAACGGUGUUGAUCACAUAGCGCAAAUACUAUGGAAUCAGAAUCCCCGUCGAUCAAAAGUAUAUUCGCCACCCCUAGAUUUUUUUGAAAUUCCAGUGUUUAAAGAAUAUUUGCGCCUACAUCCUCGACCAAAUUAUCCAAAGUCUUGGCUGUGGACCGACGAAGAAGCAGCUUUACAUAUACAAAGAUAUGUUCGCGGUUGGCUUGUACGGAAACAGGCGGAAGUGCAAGAAAUGAGACAAUUUUGGAAGGUAGAAAUUUCUAUUUACAAAACGUCAUAUCUACUGAUCUGCUCCAUUAUUGACUAUCAAUUACAUCUGUAGGAAAUCGCUGGUCGAGUCUUUGAAAAGGGAACCUGUAUCGUACAACCGCAAAGAG